AGCAUUGUUUUGACUUGGAAUUAGUCAUCAUUUUCUUCUUCUUCUUCUUCUUCUGUCUCUACAGUCGGUCUAUAAUAAGCUCAGUCUCCACCACACUCACCCUCCACUCUCUCCUUUAGUUGACCGACUUCACUUCCUCCACACCAACUAUCCAAUCUUUCCCUAUAUAUAAACCCCCUCUUCCCACUCCACACUCUCACAUAUUUCUCUCUUUCUUCUUUUUCCUCAAGGCCCCUUUCUUUCUUUGGAAAGCCAAGACCCUUUCUUUCUCUCUUUCUUUCUUGUAGAAACACAUUCAAGAAUAUCAAGAAGCUUUUCUUUUUCUCAGUUUCCUUGCUUUCUUUAUAAACAUAUAUACACCGAGAAUCAAGAAUUCAAGAUCCAGAAUUGAGAUUAUGGCACUUGAAGCACUAAAUUCACCAACAACUGCUACUCCUUUCAACUAUGAAGAUACUUGGACUAAAAGAAAACGUUCCAAGAGGCCACGCAGUGAAUCCCCAGCUCCUACUGAAGAAGAGUAUCUCGCUCUUUGCCUUAUCAUGCUUGCUCGCGGAGGAAAUUCCACCUCCACCUCCACCUCCACCUCUACCUCCACCUCCGCCAAAUCGGCAUCUCCUUCUCCGCCGCCACCACAGCCACCGGCUUUGAAUCUCUCUUAUAAGUGUACUGUUUGCAACAAGGCUUUCCCUUCUUACCAAGCUCUCGGUGGACACAAAGCCAGCCACAAGAAAUCCUCUUCUGAAACCGCCACAAUCGACAACCCUUCAACCUCCACCACAACCGCUUCUGCUGUCCCCACCGCCACCAGUGGUAGGACCCAUGAAUGUUCUAUCUGUCACAAGACCUUUCCAACCGGUCAAGCUUUAGGCGGUCACAAGCGCCGCCACUAUGAAGGACCUGGUGGUGGCAACAACAAUACUAAUAGUACUAUAACAUCCUCAGAAGGUGGUGCAAGUGCAACCCAGAGUCAGAGUCAAAGUCAAAGCCGCGGCGGCUUUGAAAUUGAUCUGAACUUGCCUGCUUUGCCUGAGUUUUGGUCAGCCAAUAAUAAUGGCAGGGAUCAAGAAGUGGAGAGUCCUUUGCCUGGGAAGAAACCAAGAUUAUCAUUCCUUAAGCAAGAAGAUAUUGACACAAAAAUUUCUUUGCAAGAUUGAGUUAGUGUUUGCAGAUUUAGGUUAAUCAGAAAGAUUCUUGAGAUUUUUCUUUUGUUAUUUCUUGAUUGGGGUUUGUUACUUUGGUUUUGUACAGAAAUUUGUUCAUUGUUUGGAUUUUCUUUCUUUAAAAAUUAUUACUAUUGGUCAUUAAUUUAAUUAUUGACUCAUUUAAUUCGUUCUCAUCUGUAAUAAUGAUAGUUUAAUAAUUAGACGAUGUUUAUGCUA